AGUCACAAAAAUAAUCAUGAAACUAGCAUGGUGUUUGUUGAUCCUGGGAUCAGUUCACGGCCAGUUACGAUUGGACCCAUUGGUGGAUACCAAUCAGGGUUUGAUCAAGGGUUUGAAAGCUGAGGACGGAGACUACUCAAUGUUUCUUGGUAUACCGUAUGCACGGGUGGAUGAGGAGAAUCCUUUUGGAGCCGCUCAAUCAUAUCCAAAAUUUGUACAAAUCUUCGAAGCAUAUGACGAUUCCCGUAUUUGUCCACAAAUCCAAUCCUCAGAGGUAAGAGGAACUCUAGACUGCCUACGUCUUAACGUUUUUGUACCAAACGAAGCCAGCACACGCAACAAGGUACCAGUACUAGUAUGGAUCCACGGUGGAGGAUUCAUAGACGGCUCAGGCACAAGAAAAACAAGCGGUCCAAAAUAUCUAAUCAGACAUGACGUCAUCGUCGUAACAAUUAAUUACAGACUCGGACCGUAUGGUUUUAUGUGUCUGGAUGAUCCAGAAGUCCAAGGAAACCAGGGGCUCAAAGACCAAACCUUAGCGCUUAGGUGGAUAAAGGAGAACAUAGAGUACUUCGGUGGUGAUACCAACAAAAUCACUGUUUAUGGUGAGAGUGCUGGCUCCGCAUCAGUGGAGGCCCAUAUAGCUUCAAGGAAUGAAAAUCUCUUCAACCAGGCAAUAUUAUCCAGUGGUUCUAUAUAUGGACGGGGCCUUUUAAGCGAGAUUGAUAAUAGCGCACCUUUAAAGAUUUCCAAACAUUUGGGUUACGAAACUGAUGACGCAAAACUCGCCUUAGAAUUCCUUAAACAGGCCGAUGUUAAACUAGUUAUAGCAGCAGCAGACGAGAUAGGAAUAAGACUAGGUUUAUGCGUUGAAAACGAAUCGGAGGGAGCGUUCUUGACAGAACAUCCUUCAAGAAUAUCAACGCUACCCAAAGCGAGAAACAUGGCCAUACUGAGCGGUUACAAUGCCUAUGAGACCCUUGGUAUGUACUACAAUCAACCAGCGGAGUACUUCAGCAAUAUAGAUCCCUUCAAGGAUUAUUUAGAUCAGUUCGGUCUAGAGGACGACAAAUAUGAUGCUGCAUAUAAAGCAAUACGUCGAUUUUACAUCGGCGACUAUCCUAUAAGCAUAAACACGAAAUGGGCAAUAACCAAAUUUACUUCUGACGUUUUCUUCAACUACCCUACAUUGAAAAGUAUUAAUCGCUUCCAUGAAAGUGGAGUGAAGAAUCAAUACUUUUAUGUAUUUGCGUACACAGGUGAACGGAAUUUAUUGAAGGUAAGAGGAAAUAUGAAAGCAUGGGGAGCUGCUCAUGCCGACGAAUUAGGGUACAUUUUUGAUAUGGAUAUUCUUGAUAAGGAUGUCAAUAAAAGAGAUCAAGUCAUAUUGGACAGGAUGACCAGUUAUUGGACUAAUUUCGUUAAAUACGGAAAUCCAACACCACAAGAAACAGAACUUCUACCAAUAGUAUGGCCUACGGUGGCAGAAGAUUCGCUAAACUACUUACAGAUCAACACAAAUGAGUACACAGACGCGGCACCAAAUAAUGAACGACACGUGUUUUGGGAAGUCAUUGAAGAGUUGUAUUUAAAGUAACCUAAUGUCUGAUGUUCAGUAAAUUUUAUUUGUAGAUAUAAUAGCACAUUAGUAACUGUCCAACUACUGAUACUUGGAGAAACUGACCGUCAAAGUACGAAGUCAUUGUUCAGAAGCGCGGCAUCCAAAAUUAAAGUAGCCAUGAUGAUCGCUUAACUUCGAAAGGAGAUGGCACUAUUUUGGAUCUAUUUAGGCUUCAAACCCACGUACUUUUUUCCAGUUCUCGGAAGUUAUCGGAGACACAUAUAAUAUUAUUAUUUACAUAAAUUUUAUAAAUUAUAUUAACUGAUAUUCUCUAAAUUACUUUCAUGACGUGCGGGAAUCAUAGGUUACGCUUAAUAUUGUCCUAAGUCCAAAGGACCAAUGAAGAUUUGUUAUUACCGUUUUAUAAAUGGACCAGGUCCAGAAAUAUGUAUUUAUAUUAGUGUUGAAUAGAGACUAGACUGACAUUUAAAUACAAUGUAAUAUAUAAUUUGGUAGUAAUUGUAUUAUUAAUAAAACAGUAUUAUUAA